AUGUCUGCCCAGCAAACUGCUACCCAAUUCGCCUCUCCCGAGUUCUCCUCCGUUGGUGGAGGACAGGUUGCCAACCAGACGAAGGGUGCCGUUGCUCCCAAGGAGGCUCUGAAGCUUCGCUUGGACCUCAACCUCGAGGUCGAGAUCGCCAUUCAGGCAAAAGUCAACGGUGACAUCACCUUGUCGCUCCUGUACGUGGAAUUAAGCCGUAUACUGGAGCGUUCUCAACCUGACUAUUGGGCAUACAUUGUCGGGUUUCUUAGGUGA